AUGUUUAGGCCUCCAAGCUCUAUCAACAUUCGGCCUUGCCGUUUGUCUCAGUUCGCUACGCGACAUGCCUCAAAGUUUCCGGUUCCAAGAAGCCAUCAACAAAGAAGAAAAUCUCGUAGACUCGGCCAUCGAAAUGAACGUAUUCACUUUCCUGCACAACAUCUUCCUAGACAACAAAACUCUAUAUAAAGAACCGUUUCUGUAUAAAAGGAUCCACAACUUGAUCACUGACUUCAUAUUCUCCAUGUACCCCAAAGUGAAAGAUCUGAGGAUGAAGGCUGACGAAAUCGGCAGAACGAUGCAGGUGUAUAUCAGAGAGGGGUUGGAGGUGCCCGCAAAUUUGCCCAGAUACUUCGAGUAUUUGCUGUUGAGCGUCGGAAAACUUUACGCCAGUGAUGUCUUGAAUACGGAUUACGUUUCCAAUUAUUGGAGUCCCAUUGAGAUUAAUCAGAGUCAAAUGAAUUCUGUAAGGGCUGCACCUAGAUCGGUGUCUUUGUUUAAAUUUAUCAGAUUAGCUGGUGACGUCCUUCCGUCGACGUUAUUCGUUCCUUACAUAACUAUGCUAAGCGGUCUGUCAUCGUCUCAACAAACCGCCAGACAUUGUUUCAAUAUGCUGAAACAGGUCGGAUCUCAUAUUUCUGCCAAUCUAUCCUGGGAUCAUUUCUUCAUGUCGUUUUCGCAAUACUACAACAAUUUGAGACAAGAAGUUCCACCACAAACUGAUACAGUUUACAUGAACAGAGCCCCUUACCAUAAAGGCGUAUCACCGCAAGAACUGGAAGGUCUUCACACAGUUUUGUUACUCAUUCGCACCGUGGCAGAGCACGACGAAUUUUCCCGCUUGGCUUUGUGCGAGCAUCCUGGUUGGUCUCCAUUGACCAAUCUGUUGGGAUUGGUCAGUUGUUCGAUACCGAUACCUCUAAAAGCUGAUUUACUGUUAACGUUAGCGGCGUUAUCCAAAAGCUCCGAGAACGCAGCUCAGAUGUGGGAGAAUUUGGAAGCAUCGCAAAUUCUAGUUACCAUUCCGUCGACAUCCAGUUACGCACCGCGAGGUAUUCAAACUGAACUAGAAGAAAUCGAAUCCCGCAUCGAAGAAUACCCGCUAACUAGAGCCGUCUUAAAAUUACUAGACGAACUCACCAACUUCGGUAUACCCCGAAUGCUGGGGGCCGGUCCCAGAAAACCCGGUUUUGAUCCUUACCUCUCGUUCAUCAUCAACUCCGUUUUCCUCAAAUACCAUUCGCGAUCCUAUCGCAACGCCACCGAAAAGUGGGAGAUAGCCUCUCUGUGUUUGAAACUGUUUGAAAAAUUUUUGAAUCAGUACGACCCCAGGAUAACCGACUUCCCAGGGAAUAGUUCGCAAUCGGAACCCACACCACCGGGGUACCAUUUGAUGUUGCAGUUGAACAGCAAAUCUGAAUUGUUUUAUAUUGUUAUGAAUAUUAUCCAUGAGGCGAAUCGAGUGUUUGACGCUUAUAUCAUUUUUCCCGGACAGGAGGUGAUCAAAGAGUGCAUUUUGUCGGCUCUUAAUAUCGUUCAUAGGGUUCUGGUGUUGCAGUCGAAAUUUUUUGCAUUGCUGACUUCUUCCUCAUCACCAGUAAUGUUAACUAGCUUGAGUAAACUGUUGUUAUCGAUCAACCGUGUAACAAAUAAGCCGGAUCAUUGCAUCAAUAUUGCGAAAUUCGUAACGUACCAGCAACAGAUGCCACACCAUAGCUAUGUGGCCGUCAAAAUUAUGAACCACAUCACCAGCUCGUGCGUGGUGCACAACCAUUUCAUGAAUAUCCUUUUGUCUAUAGAAGAACCGAUGGAGCUGAUUAAAAACGGUUUCGUUGAAUGUUUAGACUGCGGUUCUGAUGAACAUCGAAAUGUAAUUGAGAAUACCAAGAAGGAGAUAUUGAAAUUGUUGAAGCAAUGUUUGAGUUAUAACGCGCCCAAUUUGAGUCUGUUUCUGCUGGGUUUUAACCUGAAAAAAGACGUUUCUAAGACUGAAUUUCAGUUUCCCGGUGUUCUGGGAUUCCCUCGAUCUUGUUUCCACUCAAUGAUAUCGAUAAUGGACGCUGUGAUUAACACGAGUUUCGAAAAGCCAUCUCCGACGCUGCUAGAAUCUGUUUACCAUCUACUAUACUUACUUGCUUCGAAUUCUAAGACUUCCGGACCAAUUUUACGUUUCAUUAGGCUCAACAAGUUCUUCUACCAGGAGCAAUUGCGCGAAUGCUGCAAAUACAUCGACCGAGGCUUGGCUGAAUUCAGCCAAAUCACGUGGCUGCUUAAAAUCCUAGCGACUGAAUUGAAAGUCUUGAGUCAACUAAAGCAAGUCACCUACCUCAAACAGCUUACCAACUUCUUAGUAGAUCUUCCAAACGAAGAAUUGAAAAACAAAGACAUGUUCGCGAUGGUACAAAAGAGCACUUUGGACCCGAAAGUGAUGUUUUCAGAUACGUUGAGAAUGGACAAUUUCUUGACUGGUUUGAUACCGCUAUUCGAGCUGACGGUGCCGGUGGUGGAGACGCCCACUUGGGAAUACUUCGAUAACGCGGUGUUAAAUCAGAUUUUGCAGAAUUGCCAACAAAAGGUCGGCCCGAGGUUGAUCGAUUUGAAGAAGCUGCAUCAGAUUUUGUACGACGAGUUGAAGAGCUUGCAGGGUACUGCAGUUAUGGGGCAGAUACAGGCUAUUACGCACGAGAUACAAAAGGUGCUCAGAUAUGCGCUGGAGAUGAACAAGAGGAACGAAACUUGUGCCGUCAUCACGCAAUUUACCGACGCUUGGCGACAAAUAGUCGAGGUACUGGUGAUAUAUACACCUGCAGAGAUACUGUCAUCCACAGAACAGCAAGUCGUCAGCAUAUCUCUAUUGAAGCAACUACUGAAGAACAUUACCAAAACUCAAUGGUUACCUGAAGUUUCUAGAUUGUUAUCUGGAGCAGUGCUGAUAUUGAUGGAUAAUUUGAAAAAGUGGUACUUGAAGGAGAAAAGGAUGGAAAGGAUAUCAAAUUCUGAUACGGAAGCUUUUGUGAACGUCCUUAAAUUGUAUUACAGUUCAUUGAAAGAAAUCCUGGAAAAUCUGACACGUUGGAUAAUGACUUCCGAUGUGGUCAACGGAGAAUUGCGAGUUAAUUUGUAUACAUCGUUGGUGUCAUUUCUGCAACUGACUUACAAUGACGUACCUCAUGAUGAUAUCAUGUUUAACAACAGUCUGUUCAUCAGCCGAUUGGAUAGUUCGAAAAUUAACGUUUCUGAAGAAACGAUGCCACUUCAAUUCGCCACGGAAGUGUUAUCCAGUUUUGGCGAUAAAUUGAUUGAGAUAAUUUGCCAGGAUUGCAUCGGGGGUCAAGAGAUAUGUAAAAUACUGGCCAUGUCGAGUUUUACUCACUUGAUGUUACUGUCCGGUAAUAUUAACUGUAUGUUAUUGCUUUCUGGUAGGGGAUACUUGAAGCACAUCAUCCAAAGCAUUGCUGAUAGUAAUAACGAGUUGAGAGGCAUUUUGGAACCCUCAGUUGAUACUAUCAAACCGUUGUAUCUGUAUAUAGCUAAGAUACUGCUACUAGCACGUCUGGCAGGUACUAAAAUUGGUAGUGAAUUGUUAUUGGAACAAAAAUUGCUGACUGUAUUCAGUAACAUGACUGUUUUCACUUAUCACCCGGAAAUAUCGAAAGUGUGGGAUGGAGAUGAUAUUUUGGAAGAUUUCCUACCUCCUCUAGAGAAGAAAUAUUUACAAAUAUGGCUACCGAGUUUGCACAUUUGUAACGCUAUAUUAACGACAUUGGGUACUGAAAACCAAUCGGCAGUAGCACAAAUUAUGUAUUUCCUAUUGAGCCAUAUCGAUGUGGUGGAAUUGAUACUUAGAUCCGGUUGUAUUGAACUAGCACCGAUGUCGUUGAAAGAACUUGCAUUACUAACUUCAAUUCUGGCAAGAGCUGCUAAUAAUAAUCUAAUAAACGUACUGGAAAACCCCAACAUAGUUCAAAACAAUAGAGCACAGCUGCAUAGGAUACAGAAAUUGAUGUUAGCACUGCUGCCGAAAUUCAUUUUGACUGAAGACACUGUCAGGAAUUUGACCACAUCUGGUACCUCAAAAUUCCAGACAUCAGAUCGAUUAUUAUACGCCAUGCAAAUCAUAUCCAACUUACUGUGCUACUCUCGGAACGUCGUUGCCAACAACGGCAUCGAUCACGCUGGGGUAGGAGUGAUUUUCUACCCCACCUUGAAUGAUCCUCUGCUGUCGAACACAGGUUACAGGAGUCUAUCGAACGUUAACGAACAAGAACCAUCUCUCGGAGUCAUUGUGCAACAGUUAAUCAGUACCGUUAACUUCCAUCAUAAGGAAAAAGCGACGUUCGAUCUGCUGAACAGGAAGUUAAAGGAGAUACCGGAAAUGAAUUCUGCUGAUCUGUCGACUUACAUCGAGGAUGGAGACGAGUUAACAGAUUUGUCUUGUAAACGAGAGAAGGCAUAUGAAGUGAUUUCCGAUAGAUUGGAGAAGAAGAGGAGGGAGAUCAGUUAUUGCACGUUUAUUCUAGAGAAUGCUCUGUAUUUAGUGUGGUCGCAUUUAGAUUUCUAUAUGUUGAAGGCUAUACCAAAGAUGAGGAGUUUCGAGUAUGGGACAAUGCAUCCAACGUUGAAGCCUGACAGUAAGUCAUUGUUAAAUGUUUUUUACAUAAAUAUUAAAAUUAUUUGUUCAUAUAAUUUGACAGCCUAAUCAAUAAAAUCAUAAAUUGACAGUUGUUAUUAAAAAUGGAAUAGUAGUUAUUUGUGUAACAAGGUCGUAAAGUUGCACAUACCAUUUUAAGCGACUGUCUCGUCAAGUAGAGCCAAUAUUGUUUUUAAAUUUUUGUUUGCGAAAAGAGGCUUAAAUGCAAGAAUUGCUCAAAAGUUUUAAUGAUCAAGUAAAAAUCCAUUAACGUAAUAAUAUUUAUUAAAAACAGUACAGUCAUUUUCAUUAAUACUAAUUAGAAGACAUUUUUUAGCUACUUUUUCUGAACUAAACGACUUUGUAGAUGUCUGUUUAUCGGAAUCGUUUUUUAAGGUAUAGAACACAGUUAUUGCUCUUAACGAGUUGUAUUACUGGUUAAACAUCCUAUAUAUUUGUCUUCUUUUUUACACUUAGGGGUGGGAUUCCGUUUUAUGUCCAGUAAACUUGAUCUCAAUAAGAUUCAUAAUUCAAUCGAAUUGUGAGAAGCGAUUCUAUAACUCUGUUUUCGGAAAUUCGAAAAAUUAAACAUUCAAACUACUCAUUGUCUUUUAAACUUUAAACCACAAAAAUUAAAUCGUAUUUGUUUAGUCUUGAGGUGAAUUAUUUCUUUAAUUCCAUUCGAACUCCAUGAAAAUCGCUUUGUAUAUUUUUUUCGGCUGAAUAAAGAGUACCUAUGUUUAUAUUUUGUAACGUUUUAGUAUUUAUAAUAAAUCACCCUUUUAUAUGUAGUUGCUCUAAGAAUCUAAUCAAGGAAAUAAUGCCAUUGAUGCAGAAGAGGUAAUCCAGGAAGGACAUCACUCUGCCAACUAAAUUCUUUCUCUUCUAAGGUUUUACAUCACAGGCUUUUUAUUCAACCUCAGUUUACCUCUUGCAGUCUUGAGUUUUACAAUCAAGUUUAUUGUCGAAUUUGGUAGAACGGAAUUGCGUUCAUCGUGUUUAACAAAAAAUUCGAGUAUAUUAAAACUAGAGAGAAUGAGUCGAAUCCGGCAAUGGUCAUGGUUCGUAGACACUACGGUGUACUCGAGGUGUACUCAUCUCCGUUGCUAAGGACGGAGUGACGUCACCGAAUGAAAAUAUUCUACUUAGGUUCGUACAUUAGU